CAGCCGGAGGGUCCGCCCAUAUUCCCGGGCUGCGCUCUAGGUGCUGUGCCGCACAGUUCCGGCCUCAGUGCCCGGGAGUGAGAGAUCGGCGUAACCAUGAGGGCUCGGUGCCAGAGGUCGGGGGUGAAGGAAGAGCAGGAGAAAGAGGUGGCAGCGGCCUCUGGGCGUCUUGCUGGGCCCCCAGAGGCCGAGGAGGGUUCGGUCGUUGAUUCAGACUCCGACCAGGAGAUGGAAGGCAUCCGUGGGCCUGGAGAACUGACCAAGGACACCCUGUACCUGAGAUCUUGCCAGGCCCAUCGUGUUGUGCCGGCCUCCUGCUUCCUGCGCCAGGGUCGCACCCCAGAGCUGAACCUGCGGCACCGUGGCCUGGGGCCCCAGGGUGCCCGGGCUCUGGCUUCAGCAUUGACCUCAAAUCCCUAUGUCAAGCGGCUGGACCUUCGAGACAAUGGGCUCUGUGGGGCCGGCGUGGAGGCCCUGGCAGGUGCCCUGAGAAAAACCAGCAUUAUCUCUGAUGUAGACCUGUCGGAGAACCAGAUGGGAGUGGUGGGAGCCCAGGCGAUCUGUGCUGCCCUCACAGUGAACCCAACCAUGCAGAAGGUACAACUGGCAGGGAACGGCCUGGAGGAGCACGCAGCCCGGUACCUUGCUGAACUCCUGCUGGCUCACACAGGACUGAAAUCCCUGGACCUGAGCUAUAACCAGCUGAAUGACCAUGCAGGGGAGAUACUUGGACCAGCCCUGGCAGAAAAUACAGGACUCACUGAGCUUAAUAUAAGCUGGAAUCACCUUCGAGGACCAGGAGCUGUAGCCUUUGCUAGGGGACUGGAGGUCUCCUGGUCACCAUCAUUCCAGCCACAAGAUUCUUACCUGGAACCUCCAACCUUCUGCUCUCGGUCUGUGUUUUUUUGCUCCUCAGGCCUCCUGGGCUGUGAGGCUGUGGUCCCUGGUCACCUUCCUGGGGGGGAGGGGGCGGGGGAGUGGUCUCCUGGCUUCACUCUUGCAUUCCAGGCAAACAUCUUCCUCAGAGUCCUGGACAUCUCAUACAAUGGCUUUGGAGAUCCUGGAGCAUCCGCAGUGGGUGAGGCACUUAAGACCAACAACGUGUUGGAGGAACUCAGCAUGAGCAACAACCGCAUCUCUGCAGUGGGAGCCUUGAGCCUGGGCCUGGGCCUCCGGGUCAAUCAGACACUGAGGAUUCUUGUUGUGAGUGCUAGCCUGAUGGGGGAGGUCCCCCUGUACAUGUCCACACAGAUCCCUCCCCUGCCAUGUCUCUCCACUCCUCUGGCAGUGGAGUACACAGGUUCUAAAUCCCAGAUAAGGGAGGGGGGCCUCCUGGCUUCCUCUUGUGACCUCCUUCUUUCCCUUGCCAUUCACUCAUCCAUCUCUGGACUGACCCAUGCACUUCUUCCAACUCCUCCCUCAUCGUUGCUUCCCUCCCAGCAGUGUCACCCUACCUCCCAGCUGGCCUUCCUCUUUCUCAGCCCAUCGGGUCAGCCAAGGUGUACUAUUGGCCAUAGUCAGACCUACCCAAGGCCUCAUGUGCAUACCAGGGGUUCCUUCCUUCAGGGUUGCCAGGGGGCUAGGAGCGGCUAGGCAGGACUGAGAGCAGAGGACAGAGAAGGGAGGGUACAACUGAGGGUGGAGCAGGUCCGUGAGGGCCACUGUGCCGAUGGCAAGUGCUCAGUGGACAGCGCUGCCAGGUCCAGGGGGCAUCCAGCCCCGCCUGGCUUUCGGCACCCUCAACCAGCAGAGGAGCCGUGGUGUAGUCCUCCCAUCCCCAGCCCGAGACUCUCUCCUCUCCCACCCACCCCUCCACCCCUGCCACCACCACCACCACCUCCCUCCCCCAUACAAUCCAGACCUCUCUUAAGCUCUGGAUCCCCCUUUCCAGCCACCUGCUGGACAGUUCCUGGAUGUCCCAUGGGUACAAAGCACAAUCUGAAGACAUCAUCUCUCUCUAAGGACUGCCUCCUGUGGGUGGGGGGUGGGGGAGACUUCCUCAUGGAGUCAGAAGUGGGGGCCCAGGGCUCACCCCCCCUUUUUUGUGAAAUUUUUAAAAAUAUUUAUUAUUUGACAGGGAGAGGGACCGCAAGCAGGGGGAGUCA